ACAAGAACAAGUUGUUGUCAAAAAUCCGAUCUCAUUUUGUGUGUUUCAAUGGGGAGUUCAUCAAUCUCUGAGAGAGUGGAGUUAGCUAAGUUGUGUAGCACUCGCGAUUGGUCUAAAGCUAUUCGUGUUCUUGAUUCUCUUCUUUCUCAAUCUUGUGUCAUCCAAGACCUCUGCAAUAGAGCAUUUUGUUACAGCCAGUUGGAGUUACAUAAACAUGUAAUCAAAGACUGUGAUAAGGCACUUCAGCUUGAUUCUACCCUUCUCCAAGCUUACAUUCUCAAAGGUCGCGCAUUGACUGCUCUGGGAAGAAAAGAGGAGGGUUUGGUAGUUUGGGAACAAGGUUACGGAUAUGCUGUCCGCCAAUCAACAGAUUUGAAACAAUUGCUGGAGUUAGAAGAAUUAUUGGCUUCUUCUAAAAAGCAUGAAACCAAAGACAUUACUGUGGAUACAUGUAUUCAAACUGAGAAUUUAUCUGAUUCAGGGUCUGAAAUUCAAUGCAAAUCAAUUAAAACUUCUCAAACUGAAAUCAAGUCAGCUGAUAGCUCUCAAAUAUGCAGCAAACCUAACGACAUGUCUAAAACACUUGAGGAAUCAAGUGAUGCAUCAGAAUUAUGUAAUAAACCAAAUGGCACAUCUGAAAUACAUGGCAAAUCGAGUGUUAGUUCUGAAAAUUUCAUCACAUCUAACGGCUCAUCUGAAGUAAACAGCAAGUCAAGUGGUGCACUUGAAAUAUGUAGCAAAGCUAAUGGCACAUCUGAAACACACAACCUAUCAAGUGCAACAUCUAAAGUGUGCAGGAAAUCAAGUGAUUUGUCUGAUAUACUUAGCAAAAAAAGAGAUGAAACAAAGAAGAACGUAAAAGUUUUUUCUACUGGUAUGUUAAAGACCAAAACGUUAAGUUUGGAUUUCAGAUUAUCAAGAGGAAUAACUCAGGUGAAUGAAGGGAAGUAUGCUCAAGCUGUUUCUCUCUUUGACCAGAUACUGAAAGAAAAUCCUAAUUAUCCGGAGGCAUUGGUAGGUAGGGGAACAGCAUAUGCAUUUCAGCGGGAACUUGAUGCUGCUAUUGUUGACUUUACUAGGGCCUUAAAAGUUAACCCAUCAGCUGGAGAGGCGUGGAAAAGAAGGGGGCAGGCUCGAGCAGCUUUAGGAGAUUCUAUAGAGGCCAUUGAAGACUUGACCAAGGCAUUAGAAUUUGAACCAAACUCCUCAGAUAUCUUACAUGAAAGAGGAAUUGUCAAUUACAAGUUCAAGGAUUACAAGGCAGCUGUGCAUGACCUAUCUUCGUGUGUGAAGCUUGAUAAGGAUAAUAAAUCCGCGUAUACAUAUCUUGGUUUAGCAUUAGCUUCAAUUGGUGAAUAUGGCCAAGCUGAAGAGGCACAUGCUAAGUCAAUUGAAUUUGAUAAGCUUUACCUUGAAGGGUGGAUCCAUCUGGCACAGUUGUAUCAAGAAUUGGCGAAGCCAACGAAGGCUUUUGAAUGCCUUGAACAAGUUUUGCAAAUUGAUGGAAGGUCGUCCAAAGCAUAUCACCUGCGCGGGUUACUCCACCAUGGCCUAGGAGAGCACAAGAAUGCCAUCAAGGACUUGACUAUGGGCUUAAGCAUUGAAAGCUCAAACAUUGAGUGUCUAUACCUACGUGCUUCCUGCUACCAUGCUGUUGCAGAAUAUGGAAAUGCGGUUAAAGACUACGAUGCAGUGUUGGAGUUGGAGUUAGAUUCUGUGGAAAAAUUCGUGCUUCAGUGCCUGGCAUUUUAUCAGAAAGAACUAGCUCUGUACACUGCUUCAAAAGCCACUAGUGAGUUCUGCUGGUUUGAUAUUGAUGGUGAUAUUGAUCCCCUAUUUAAGGAGUACUGGUGCAAAAGGUUGCACCCAAAAAAUGUAUGUGAAAAGGUUUAUAGACAACCUACAUUGCGUGAUUCUCUGAAGAGAGGUAGGCCCAGGAAGCAGGAUCUUGUUAUUACAAAACCAAAGGCUACUCUUCUGAAAGUGGCAGAUGCCAUUGGAAAGAAGAUCCAGUACAAUUGCCCAGGUUUCUUGCCUAAUAGACGUCAGCAUCGAAUGGCAGGAUUGGCUGCUAUUGAGAUUGCUCAAAAGGUUUCAAGGGCUUGGCGUUCUGUUCAUACAGAGUGGAAAUUUUCAAGUAAAAGCACAACAAAAAAUAGUAAGAAAGCUAGGAGAAAGGAAAGAAAUUAUGUACCUAGUCAGAAUAGGGGUGGUGCUUGUUGUAGUACCAGUUCACCGGAAACAUCAACUCCAUACGAUACUAGCGAAGAGAAAUCAUCAAGUCGUUCUACAAUGUCCUGGCAAGCUGUUUAUUCAAUGGCAGUUAAAUGGAGACAGAUCUCCGAACCAUGUGACCCAGUUGUCUGGGUUAACAAGCUAAGUGAAGAGUUUAACGCUGGAUUUGGGUCACAUACACCCCUAAUUCUUGGACAGGCAAAAGUUGUGCGCUAUUAUCCAAACUAUCAAAGGUUAUUGAAUUUCACAAAAACUGUUGCAACAGAAAAGAUGCAAAUGAAAAACAGUGCAGAUGAUAUAAUUGAUCUAUCCAAGGAGGGGAGACUACAGAAAUUGUUACACGCGGAAACCUGCUCUGAUCUUUACAGCGUGACUGGUGAGGACUUUUGGGUAGCAACCUGGUGCAAUAGUACAGCAUUUGAGGGGAAACGCCUCGAGGGAACAAGGGUCACUCUACAGAAAAUGGGCAAUAUGGGAUUUGACUUUUCAAUAAGAACACCUUGUAUGCCCUCCAGAUGGGAGCAUUUUGAUGCAGAAAUGACGAUGGCAUGGGAAGCCUUGUGCAAUGCGUAUUGUGGUGAAUUGCAUGGCUCAACUGAUCUGAGUAUGCUGGAGAGCGUGCAGGAUGCAAUUCUACGGAUGUCAUAUUAUUGGUAUAACUUCAUGCCACUGUCCAGAGGUUCUGCGGUGGUUGGCUAUAUUGUGUUGCUUGGACUGUUUCUCGCAGCCAAUAUGGAGAUCAAAGAGAGCAUACCAGAUGGUGUGCAGGUGGAUUGGGAAGCCAUACUUACAUCUGAUCCCAACACUUUUGUUAAUUCCUUGAAGCGAUGGUUGUGCCCAUCUCUCAAAAUCAAUACUCGGAAAGAUAUCCCAGAUGUUGCAUCAACUCUUGGUACGACUGGCUCAGUUAUUGCUGCUCUCAGUACUUAUACUGAAUGAGUGACUGAGCUGACUAUUUCAUUACUAAUUGCAUGAACUAGAUCACUAACUCUCAUUGUAUAAAUUAUGGCCUAAUCUUAUAGAGUAAAUAUACAUACAAUGUUCUUAAUCUUAUAGAGAAGUCAAAUAGUAGAGUUCGGAAGAGGAAAAUUAGUACAGAAAUUGGAACAAGAUCACCCAUAUUUACACUUAUUACUGUUGUUCAUAGCGCAAAUGCAUGUAAUGACGACUCCUCUUAUGGAUUUCGUUCUAUGUUGAUAUCUUUCACUGCAUUUUAUUUUGACA